AUGGCUGCUCUCCAAGCUCAGCGUCUCUUCUUGACGGCCUCGUCGUUGUCGUCGUCGUCGACGACGUCUUGCGCCACGCGGCCGCGCCGGAGCUCCGCCGCUCGCUGCCGCGCGGCCCUGCGCGCUCCUACCGGUCUAAGCACGGCGGACGGUGGCCUCGGACUCAAGCUGGACUGGAUCCCGACGACGGCCACGUCGGCGGCGCCCGCGGAGUACGGCGCGGCCAAGGCGGUCGAGAAGCUCCGCGCGAUCGCCGAGGCGGCGGCGGACCGCGCCGAGAUGCACGACAUCAUCGGCAGGCAGCGGGACAACUGGAACCACCUGCUACUCCAUUCCACUAACUCCCUCGCGCUCGCCGCCUCCGUCAUGGCCGCGCUCGCCCCCGCCGCGCCGACGAGCAUAGUCGCGCUCAAGGCCUCCACGGGGGCCCUCCUCGCCACGGCCGCCGUCACGAUGGCCGCGGUCAACAAGAUCCAGCCGUCGCAGCUCGCCGAGGAGCAGCGCAACGCCACGCGGCUCUGGAGGCAGCUCGAGCGCGACGUCCGCGCCGCGCUCGACCUCAGGACGCCGUUGGCGAGUGCCGACGUCCAGGAGGCCAUGGACAGGGUGCUGGCGCUCGACGCGGCGUACCCGCUGCCGCUGCUCCCCGGCAUGCUUGACAAGUUCCCCAAGACCGUCGAGGCCGCCCGGUGGUGGCCGCGCCGUCGCCAGCAACAGCAGCUCAAGACGAAGUCCAAGAGUUCCGUCCGGCGCGGCGGCAACGGCAACGGCUGGAGCCAGGACCUCGAGGACGAGAUGCGCGGCCUCCUACGCGUGCUCAAGGCCAAGGACGAGCACCAGUACCUGACGGUCGGCAAGCUGGUCCUCAACCUCAACCGCGGCCUCGCCGUGGCCGGACCCGUGCUCGCCAGCACUGCCGCGCUAGCUGCGGCCUUCAUUGGCGCUGGAGAAGUCGGUUCCUGGGCCUCCGGCGUGGCCAUCCUCGGCGGCGCGCUGGCGGCGGCGGCGAACACGGUGGAGCACGGCGGGCAGGUGGGCAUGGUGUUCGAGCUGCUCCGCAACUGCGCGGGGUUCUACCACAAGCUGCAGGAGGACAUCGAAGCCACGCUCGGCGAGGCCGACGCCGAGCGGAGGGAGAACGGCGAGGUGUUCGAGACCAAGGUGGCGCUGCUGCUCGGCCGGAGCACGUCGGACCUUAAGCAGUUCAGGCGGAUGGCGUCGGCGUCGUUCAAGGACGAGGACAUCAAAGACUUCGCCGGGAAACUCUUCUGA